UGAUUCGGGACAGCUUGACUCUUGCAGCUAAAGUCGUUGAAGAGACAUAAAGAGGCAUAACUUCGAGUUGUGAGGCUCUCUUGAAUACAAGGGGUUUUUAAGACUCUAUACAAACAAAACAGCUUACAUCAGGCAGCAAAUAGCCAUGGCUCCGCCAACAGACAGAGACAAGAUCCUUGCCAGUCUCCGCGCUCGAAUCGCCGAGGGCAAAUCCAUCGUCGGCGCGGGUGCUGGCAUUGGCUUGUCGGCGAAGUUCAUCGAAGCCGGAGGUGGCGACCUCAUCAUCAUCUACAACAGUGGCCGUUUCCGCAUGGCCGGCCGCGGAUCGUUGUCCGGCUUGAUGCCAUACGGGGAUGCCAACGGCAUCGUCGUAGAAAUGGCAAAUGAAGUCCUUCCCGUGGUCAAGCAUACACCUGUCAUCGCCGGCGUAUGCGGCACAGAUCCCUUCCGCAACAUUCCCACGUUUCUCAAGCAGCUGCGCGACUUGGGCUUUGCCGGCGUUCAAAACUUCCCCACCGUCGGCCUCAUCGACGGGCAGUUUCGAGCCAACCUCGAAGAGACCGGCAUGGGCUACGACCUGGAAGUCGACAUGAUCCGGGAGGCCCACGCGCUGAACCUGCUGACGACUCCCUACGUAUUCAACGUGGAAGAGAGCAAGAAGAUGGCUCGCGCCGGCGCAGAUGUCCUCGUUGCGCACAUGGGCCUCACGACGAGCGGAUCCAUCGGCGCGGCCACCGGCAAGACGCUGGACGAGUCCGUCAAACUCAUCCAGGAGAUUCGCGAUGCGGCCGUGGGAAUCAACCCGGACAUCAUUGUUCUGUGCCACGGAGGACCGAUUGCGGCGCCGAAAGACGCCGAGUAUGUCCUCAGUCGGGUAAAGGGGCUUCAUGGCUUCUAUGGGGCGAGCUCCAUGGAGAGAUUGCCGGUCGAGACGGCCAUUACAGAGAUUACGAAGAGCUUCAAGGCACUGAAGCCGAGGCUGUGAGUUGAUGGGAGAAGAGCAUUGUGUAUUUUUACUUUAUUGAAUCGUUGGCGAUAUUUUUAUUUGGCAAAGGGGAUGAAAACAGCGUUUAGAAUGGACAACUGUGUGUUG